GGCUCCCUUCUACAUAUCAAAAGUUACUACACUCACAAGACUAAACUUAGCAAAAGCUCGCAUCACCGAUGUGGGUCUUGCUCUUCUCGGUGCGGGAGACUUACCAAUUUUGCAGUUGUGCGUCAAAAAAUGCGAGAAAGUAACUGACAAGGGAAUUAAGUCUUUAUUUCAUGCCGAUAGGAAAAUUUGCAAGACGUUAUCGGUGUUGGAUGUUGGUUACAUUCCCAAAAUAACUGAUGCAGCUAUUUUUACCAUUGCAACUGCUGCUACGGCAUUAACUGAUUUAUCUUUAAGGUUCUGUAAUGGAGUCACUGAUACUGCGGUGCAGAUGUUGAUGGAUCGACCAAACCACAACAGUAGUCAACUACAAAUGCUUGAUCUUUGCAGCUGUCGAGGUUUGUCUGCUGAGGCCAUAAUGCUACCUCUGCCCGUUUAUGCUUUCCAUCGUUUGCGCUGGCUCGGUAUUGGACUUACUGACAUAGUUGCUAAGAGAGGCAUUUUCUCUGCAAUCUGCGAGGCGCGACCCAGGCUUGUUGUGUGCGGUGUUUGCUGUGACUUUGGGUGCUGUGAUGGCUGGCAAUGGCACAAAGUCCGAUGACUGAAACUUCGCUUUUUUCCUUUUUUUUUUAGGCAUUGUUGUGCUUUAUUUGCUCUGUAUGGUGAUCAACCUUUUGAAUUACAAUGAAUAUCAAAUGCCUUGUUUUUUUGGACCUGCAAUUGUAAUUGCUCAUUAAGUAUCAAUUCAUUGCUACUAGCAUCAAUUGGCAUCA